AACAUAUCAUGUGAUAUGAAUAAACGGAUCACAUGACGUACUAUUGAUAUUUAUAUUUCUGUGCAUCAACCAAGGUGUAAAACGCUUUAAGGUUUGUUGCUUUGCGAAGUGGGGACGCGUGACCAAUUUUAUCAGGUCUAGUUCAUAUGUGCAUACCCAUAUUCACUGUGGCUAUUCUACUACAUUCCGGACAAUAACUGCAACGUAUUAAGCUUCAAGGUAGAGCAGACGCAGGGUUUGUGGGGCUUCUGUCGAGUGCUACCGAAACAAGAAUACAGCUGCAAGUACUUGCAUAUACGGAUGAACAUUCCUACUUAUAAAUAAAAACAUUGUACUUCAAAAUGUUAUCUAAAGUAGAUCUCAGCUUAGUUUUACUGACAUUGUGUAGCUGUGCUUUUGCAGUUCGUUAUGAACCUACAUGGGAAUCUAUUGACAGCAGACCCAUUCCAGCUUGGUAUGAUGAAGUUAAGUUAGGUAUAUUUAUUCAUUUUGGAGUGUUUGCUGUGCCAUCAUGGAAUCCUAAUGGGUCUACUGCUUGGAUGUGGUAUUACUGGAAGGCACUAAAAGAGAAGAUUUUCAUUGAUUUCAUGACCAAUAAUUAUGGCCCAGAAUUUACUUAUGCUGACUUUGCAUCACAACUGACGAUGGAAUUUUUUAAUGCUGAUGAAUGGGCGAAUAUAUUUGCUUUAUCGGGGGCUGAAUACAUCGCACUAACUUCUAAACAUCACGAAGGCUUCUGUAACUGGCCAUCUAAAUAUUCAUUUAAUUGGAAUUCCAUGGACGUCGGUCCUAAAAGAGAUGUUGUAGGAGAAUUAGCAAAUGCUAUUAGAAAUAAAACAAAGCUGCAUUUUGGUCUAUACCAUUCCUUGUAUGAAUGGUUUCAUCCUCUUUAUCUACAAGAUAAAGCUAAUGGUUACACAACACAGAAUUUUGUAAAUGACAAGACGAUGCCUGAAUUGUAUGAAAUAGUGAAUAAAUAUAAACCUGAAGUUAUUUGGUCUGAUGGAGAUUGGGAAGCAUCAAGUGACUAUUGGCAAUCUAAAGAAUUUAUAGCAUGGCUGUACAAUGACAGUCCUGUUAAAGAUACCAUAGUAAUCAACGAUAGAUGGGGUAAUGAUUCAUUAUGCAAACACGGUGGCUACAUAACGUGUUCAGAUAGAUAUCAACCAGGAGUUUUGAUCAAAAGAAAAUGGGAAAAUGCCAUGACUAUAGAUAGUAAAGCGUGGGGUUUCAGACGUGAUGCGCCAUUAACAGAUUUCCUAACCAGCAAACAGUUAAUUGAUACAUUUAUAGAAACUGUCAGUUGUGGAGGUAACAUGUUAAUGAAUGUUGGUCCAACGAAAGAAGGAACAAUAACUCCCAUUUUUCAAGAGAGAUUAUUAGACAUUGGUGCAUGGAAGUUUGUAAAUAAUGAAGGUAUACGAGGUUCUCGGCCCUGGAUAUACCAGAAUGAUACACUUACUCCUAAUGUGUGGUACACCAUGCAGCCGAUGAAUGUAUAUGCCUUUGUCCUGGAUUGGCCGGUUGGAUCAACUUUAAGCUUAGGGGCACCAGUUACAACUUCAAGCACAACUGUAGAACUACUUGGAUACCCAGGCACCUUUUCAUGGAAACCACGAAUGGACAGAGGAAUUGACAUCGCGAUUCCCCCUAUUCCAUUUAAUAAAAUGCCCUGUAAAUUUGCAUGGACUUUCAAAUUUAGCAAUUUGGGUUAUUAAGUACUGUUAUAGUUAGCAUAGUGUAUAUUAUGAUAUGAAAUCGUACUUAAUGUAUACGUCUUAUGACUUUAAAUAUUGUUUCUAUAUUGUUUUUGAUACAUAAAUAUUGUAUUAUUUUGUAAACAAACAAGUUUAUUUUAUUUAAAAAAAAAUGCAAAGAGACCAUGCCAUGCAUACAAUAUGGCCUGAUUCCAUAUCUUUUCAAAUUCUGUAUAGUAGUUAACUUCCAUUAUAUAUUUUUUUCCUUCUGAAAGUAGAAUGUGGUAUUUGUCACUCAGAUUUGUUAGACUAACUACAAAAACUAAAUAAUAGAGAAAAUUAUGAUGUUCAAUUAAUGCAAACGUGUGUAUUAUUUAUAUCAAUUUUGGAAAUUCCAAAUUUGAUACACCGCUGAUUCAUUACCAUUUCAAAUCAUUAAAAUUUAUAACCUUAAGUUUGAAGUAAUAUUCCCAUAUACGUUUUUUAAUAAGCACUUAGAUGUAUAAAUAUGUGUAAUCUUUAACAGUUUAAAACUGGAAUAUUGUAUAAUAAUUGUGUAAAUAAGGAGGCUUUGUCAUAUAUAUUUCAUGUGAAAUUACAGGUUGCUUAGAAACACGAAAAUGUUAAAUUAGAGGUGAUGAGUUCUUAUUUGAGAUCAGACUGAUAUUGCAUAACGAUUUACUCACCGAAAUCGCACCCAUCCGAGAUCUGUUGAUCGCAAACUGGAUCGGAACAUCUGAUGCACACCAAAAUCAAAUAUCUCCGAGAUCGUUUGAUCCCUAACAUAUACGGUAAGUUUCAUCUCAAUCGGACAAAAAAUGUGGAAUUUGCAUAAAAAGCAGGGGUAUAACUCCGGAACGGAAGGUCUCAUGCACACAUAUUUGAAUUGUCAUCCAACGUCGACAAAACAGUGGCCUCUACAGGGUCCACAAUCUUGGUAUAUAUUAAAUGCCUUUCCCCACUUGUGUACAGGUGAGAGCCAUUUUGAGAGGAAGUUUCAGUCCGAUUUUCACGAAAUUCGAACUUAACAAUGAUCAUGGUUUAACAGUAAUAUAUGUGAAUGUUUUUUUUUAAAUUUAAAGAAAUUGCAAACUAUAGAGUCCCCUAAAAGUGGACUCAUUUCACGCUACCAUUGAAAGAUCAAUUUCCAAAAAAGAAAUAUACGGUCCUGCUAAUUAUGUGGAUAUCAUGAAGAAGACUAUACCUUCUUCAAAGUUUUUUCGGGGUUAAAUCUGUAUAGAUCUAGCAGACCGGGCAGUAACAUUGGUCAUCCUCUUGGUACAAAUCUAAGUGCCUUAUAGUAUCAACCGAAUGGUGUGCUUCAUUAGAAGUUAUGUCAUAGGGACGAAUAUGAUGAACUUCCACAGAAAAAAAGGCUAAGGAGUACCGAUUGAAAACGCUUUAGAAUGUCCACCGCUUUUCGCGCGCGGACGUCCACGAAAUUUAAAAAAUUGCAAGACUUGACAUCUGCGCUACCCAGGGAUUAGCAUUCAUACUUAUGAUUCGUCAACGAAUGCAUGAUACAUUUCAUGCAACUGAAAUGUCCUAAACUGACUUUUGUUCCGUUUAUUAUUUAAUUCAGUGUUCACUGCAGUUCAAACAGAGCUGCAGAAAUUGGUUAAUUUCUUUCUUCUCUUUGUUAAAAUACAUUAUUUAUAUUUGUAAUAAAGUUGAAUUAAUAAAAAAAAUCCUAACAUGA